UUGUAUUUUCCUAAAAUGGCGGCACCCUGCCCGGCUGCGGCUCCAGAAGCUCCUGAUAGCAACGGAACUAUUUUGUCAAAUAAACUGCUCAAUUCUGAACAUUUCCCAGUUAACUUGCAGCGUAGUUACUCCAAAGUAACCUACGACCGCCAGGCAAUGUUAGCUCUGGAUAAAUCCAACAGUUUUAGACCAAUAGUUGCCGACACUCCGGACCUCCUCGCUAGCCUCCAACUACUACGCGGCCUCCAGUCAGCAGCAGCAGCGGCGGAGACUCUCCGCAGCGCGUCCCUGCGGUCGAAGAGACGUCAGCAGGGUCACCCGAAGAAACGGGGAUGCCGAGCGGGGCUACAAACCAAACUAAAAGCUCUUCGUCUCACAACGCCGCUUCCUUCGAAUGUCAGCUCCGUGGAGAACAAACCGGAGCACCUGAAGCUGGAUGUAAGUGCGAGGCCGGAGAUGAAACCUUCCCUUCCAGAAGAGGCGGUUAGGACCGAGGGGCCGACGCUGUGUCAGUCGGACAGGAGCAGCUCUCUCACCGGUAAAUCCCCAGGCGGCGGUGUGGUCGGACCGCAACAGGAGACAACCCAUUGGAGCCAGUGUCCACAGCGUCUUGCUUGCAGUUCAGAUGUAAAUAUGGCACUGGAGCGACGGUCAGCUAAACCUCAUUCCCAGCCGAGCCCUCCACGCAGGCCCACCUUCGGCAGUUACGGGGACAACAAAGAGCCACGUCCUCGGUCACGCUCACCUGUAUUCCCUCGCGACGCCCGAGACCGUGACGCGCGCGACACCCGAGACCGUGAUGCACGCGAGGGGCGCGAGGGACGAGAGGGACGAGAAGGACGGGACAGCAGGGAUGCUGCCAGAGAGGCGAGACCAGGAAGCCACCCUCGCGACCACGAAUACCGUUACCGUGGACCGGAGGGUAGGGACAAGGACCUGAGAGGACCGCCUCGAGACCCCGCCUACAACAGAGAAGAAUAUGAUCGUUUCUUUAGGGGUGGAGGCGGUGCCGAAGACUACUUCAGGAGGAAGGACGAAGCAUUCAGGGAGCCCUUUAGAGAUCCUUGGAAUGGACGUCGUGAGCCUGAAGCAGACGGCCGCGCCCGUCCAGAGGAGCAUCGGCGCAACGAACUCUAUCGACAGUACUACGAGGAACUGCAGCGGCGCCAAGAAACCGAGCGCCCCGUCGACUGCUCCGUGAUAGUCGUCAACAAGACUCAGAAUCGGGAGUAUGCUGAGACGGUCGGGCGCAAAGUCCACGAUUUGGGCAUGGUGGUGGACCUGAUUUUCCUCAACACCGAGGUGUCCCUGACUCAGGCGCUGGAAGACGUGGGCCGAGCUCGCACGCCUUUCGCCAUCAUCAUAACCCAGCAGCACCAGGUGCAUCGAUCCUGCACCGUCAACAUCCUGUUUGGCACACCUCAAGAGCAUCGCAACAUGCCUUUGCAUGACGCCAUGGUCCUCAUAACCCACAACUACGACACCUACAAGGUGGAGAGCCGUGAAAAGGAACGCGAGGAGAUCGUCAGGAAGGCCGCUAAGAUGGCCGACGACGUGCUGCUUAGAGAGCCCGAUCGAGAGAGUCACCCCGCCGCCGUGCUCACGUCCAUCACGUUGCUGUCCGAGAACAGGUUUUUAACGCCCGACGAGUUGGACGGUCUGGUAGCGUACCUAACGGACAAAAGGGCGCGGCUAUUGCGGAACCCUGCAGACACUCGCACAGCUGCGGCCCUCACCGCGUCGGCCGCCACUUCCCACGAUGCCGCGUCGGCAGCAGUGGUGGCACUGGCCUCCACCCUCUCUGCCCACCCGCCGUCACAGUCCAGCCACCCGACCAUGCAAACGUCUCUGAGCUCGCAGGCCAACUCCAACCAGGAACUGCAGGCCAAGAUCCUCAGUCUCUUCAAAAACAGCGGAGGGAUGCAGGCGGAUGUCGGCGCUCCGUCCUCCGCCGCCGCUGCCGCCACCGCCCAGUCUCAGGACUACAGCUCCCUUGGUGGCCCGGUGCCCGGCCACAACCCGCUCCGCCCGGGGAUGCCCGCCACGCCUCAAGCUGCAGCCCAGGGGUACGGCGCCCAAAUGGGCCGAGCACUCCCUCCCCCAGGUGGUCAGAGAGCCUCCAACUCCGCCUUUGGCAUCAAUUUAAAUAACCCGAGUGUCCAGAAAGCUUUGGACACUCUGAGCCACAGCGGGCCGACUCUCAAUCACCUGGUGGGGGCUGGGGGUGUAACACAACAACACCCACAGCAGCAGCAACACCCGCAGCAGCCGUUCUCAGCCAGCAGACCAGCACCCAGCAUGGGCCAAGUCCCGCCGAUGUCCAUGUACCCCCGGCACUACUGAUAGGCCACGUAACCUUUGACCUUUAACCCUACCUUGACUGUAGAUGUGUUUAGUCAGCCAUUUUAAGCUUUUUGUUUUUAUCGUGGUGGUGAACAAGAAGGUCAGUGAGUGUUUAGUUUGUCACUUCUACAGUCCUCGCCCCGCUUGUGUACAGAAUGUUGGACGUCGUGUCAUUUUUCCACAUUAAAAAGUCACAAACACAAACUGCUGUAGUAAAAUGGUCUUGGUUUAUUGCAUUUUGUGCUGACAAAUCUAUAAAAUAGAACGGGUAUCGCCAGAAGAAGCCAUAGAGAUAGAAGCAUUUGAAAUGUAAGAUAAAACUACUUUCCUCUUCAACUUUUUUUAUGUACCAUGAAACACAAUAGAGAAGAAUACAUGUCGACUUUUUUUUUUUUUCAAACCUUGGAAUAUUCAACUUACACUGAAACAGAAAAUAAACACUUCCAC